GCCCUGUCUAUAAAUAGGACGGACAUUUCAAGCUCGCUUACAAUUCAAUAUUCAAUUCAACAGACGGGUGAAGCGCUCGAGCGGGAACGUCAGAAAGGCGAUAUUUCUUUCCAGAUUAUUUUCAUUUUAAACCAAGUCUCGCGAUGAGUAACGACACGGAGAUCGAUCUGAAGGACGUGGAGCUCAACGAGCUGGAUGCGGAGAAGCAGCCCAUGACGGGGGAGGGGAGCCCGGCCGCGGAGACCGAGAAGAACGGCUGCGUGAAGGUGAAGCUGCCCGAGGAUCAGGAGGAGGGUUUGAAGUUCACGGGGCUCUCGAAGGAGGAGCUGCUGAAGGUGGCCGGGACACCAGGCUGGGUCCGGACCCGCUGGGCUCUGCUCAUUCUGUUCUGGCUCGGCUGGCUGGGCAUGCUGGCCGCGGCCAUCGCCAUCAUUGUCCAAGCGCCGCGCUGCAAGUCGGUCCCGGAGCAGAGCUGGUGGCACAAGGGCGCCCUCUACAGGAUCGGGGCCGUCGCUGCCUUCAUGGACUCCAACGGAGACGGGACGGGGGACCUGGCAGGAGUCUCCCAGCGCAUUGACGAGCUGAACCAGUUGAAGAUCAAGGGGCUGGUACUGGGACCAGUACACAAAAGCAUUCCGAACACAGACAUUAAUCUGGAUCUGAUGGCCAUCGACCCGUCCCUGGGAAGCAUGGAGAAUUUCACCAGACUGCUCCAAGUGGCUCAGAAGAAAAGUAUUCGAGUGGUCCUCGAUCUCACUCCGAACUACAAAGGGGAGAAGCCCUGGUUCACUGAGAGUUACCUGAAAACCAACAGCGAGAAACUCAAGGAAGCGUUCCGGUUCUGGCUGGAUCAGGGGGUGGAUGGGAUACAGCUCUCUGGGGUGGAGGAGCUGCUGAAGCUGCAGCCGCAGCUGUGGGAGGAGCUGAGGAACCUGACUGGCAACUACAGCACUGAGGAGAGACCGAGGAUCCUGAUCGGGGAGACGAGUCUGCAGGACAUGGAUCAGGUCCUGUCUCUCCAGAACCGCUCCGCAGCGGACCUGCUGGUGUCGGGGGUGCUGGGGCGGCUGAACCGCACGGGGAGCGCUGUGGCUGCGGGCGUGGAGGGGUACCUGAGCGAGCUGAGGGGGAGCUGGCCUGGCUGGGCGGUCGGAGGGCGUGUUGCAGGUCACAUGGCUUCUCUGGUGCCGCAGAGGCUGCUGGGAGUUUACCACACCCUCCUCUUCACCAUCCCCGGCACGCCAGUCACUAACUACGGAGACGAGAUCGGACUGAGAGACGAGCCUGGACAGGCUGCCAAAUCUCCCAGGAUGCAGUGGGAUGAGAGCGGUCACGCGGAUUACAACCAGAAUAUAUCAGUCAAGGCUCAGAAGUCGGACCCCCAGUCCUUGCUGAGUCUGUACCGCUCCCUGAGUGAUCUCAAGGGAAAGGAGCGCUCUCUGCUCUACGGAGAGUUCCAGCCUCUCCUCUCCUCCUCCUCCUCAGUCUUCUCCUACCUGCGCCGCUGGGAUCAGAGCGAGCGCUUCCUCGUGGCCCUCAAUUUCGGGGAGUCCCCGGCGGAGGUGACCCUGCAGGACCCCCUCGUGCCCCCCGAAGCGACUGUGGUGCUGAGCUCUGACCCCAGCAGGCAGGCAGGGGUCAGCCUGGGCCUCGAGAAACUCACCCUGCACCCCAGCGAAGCCUUGCUCCUCAAAUUCCCUUACGUAGCCUGAACCAGGGGGAACCCCCUCCCCCAAACAGAGCACAGGGGGGGGACCCCGAAUUGAGUUCAGAGUGAGAUAUUGUAACUUCCUGCCCCUCUUUCCACCCGGCCUGACAUUCCAGUGUGAAACGUUUGUAGAUUAAAAGAUAUUUUAUGCUGUGAUGAUGA